AUGGAGGGCGCGAGGAUCUGGACGGUGCGGGGCUAUGGCGGCGGCCACGAGUCGGUGUCGGUGGGCGACGGCAUGAGCAUCUUCGGCCAGAGACAGAGCCAGAGCAUCGACGUGCGGCGCCGCGGGAAGCCCCGGCGGCGAGCCACGCUGCCCAAGGUCGUCAAGGUAGGCUUGGUCCCAGAGCCAGAGCGUGUCGAGUGAGCUCGAAGCGUGGCUCACGGCGGCGAGCUCCGACGACAGACGGCUCCGCCACGGCUUCGGUCACUCCUCGGACUCGGAGGUCAAGGACGAGGGACACGACAGCACGCCGUCUCUGCAGGCGACGGAGGCCAAGCUGGACAUGGCGCGGGCGGAGCUCGAGUCCACCAAAGGAGAGAGCCUCCAGUUCACGGCGUCCAUGGAGCGCACGCGCACGGAGGCGGCGCGCCUCGCCGAGGAGAUCGGCCGGCUGGAGGAGCAGAAGAAGAAGGCCGGAGCGCAGGUGCGGCAGCUGGAGGCCGCGCUGCGCGACGCCAAGUGCCGGCUGGGCGCCGUCACGGCCGUCGACGAGAUGGACGGCGAGAUCCUCGCCGACCUGGAGGCGACGCUGCGGCAGCUGGAGGAGGAGACCGAGGCGGCAGAGAAGGAGAAGGCGCUGAUGGAGCAGGAGGGCCAGUGCGUCCUGGACGACGCGGACAGCGUGGACGCCGAGAUCGCCGCCGCCGAGCAGAGGAUCAGGGGCUCGAUCAGGGAGCUGGAGGCGGCGAGGGCGUCGGAGGCCACGGUGACGGGGAGGCUGAGGGCCGCCGUCGAUGGCACGGCGGUGGAGAGGGCGUCCAUGGCGCCGCGGAGGUCCGGGAACGUGACGCUCCCGAGGUUCGAGUACGAGUACCUGACCGGCCGCGCCGAGGUGGUCCGCGCGGUCGCUGACAAGAAGGUGGCGGCGGCCGAGGCGUGGGUGGAGGUGCGGCGGGCCGGCGAGAAGGAGAUGAGCAUGCGCGCCGAGGCGAUCGAGAGGGAGCUCGGGAUUGAAUUACAUGUCGUGGACGACGAGAGCGCGGCGGGGCAGCAGAGGCCGCGCGACGGCUUACAGCGCGCGCACACGUCGAGAAGAGCCGCGAUGGUGAAAGGCUCAUCGGUGGCGACGUCAAGAAGGAAGACGAUGCCACCGUCGCCAUCGCCGCCGCCGUCACUGUUGGCGCGGCACCCACGGGCGCAGUCGCUCGCCGUAAGAAGCUGCCUGAAGCUCGUCGGCGGGAAACGCACGAGGCUGUAACUGAGAUGCAAUUCAAGACGAUGAGGCCAAUA